CCGCUUCCAAACAACAACAUGGCUCAUCAUGGGAUCGUGAUGUUAGCACAGAGUCGACAAGCCUCAUCCUUAGUCUAAUGUUUGUUCAGAGAGGUGGCAGGUCUCACUCUUGAACCGGCCGCUCAUACUCUACCAUGGAUUAUCUGCUCCAGGUGAAAAUCGGCGCUCUGGUGGGUUUAUUGCUGCUAACUCUCCUUUUUGGAUUCAUCCCUGCUCGAGUCAGAUGGUUCAGAGACACAAACGGGACAGAAAUCCACCGCACAGUUCUGAGUUUGAUCAGCUGUUUUGCCGGCGGCGUCUUCUUGGCAGCAUGUUGGCUCGACAUCAUUCCAGAUUACCUGUCAGACAUCACAGCAGAGCUGGGCGCCCGGCAGGUGGAGACCAGCUUUCCUCUUCCGGAGUUCAUCAUCGCUGCUGGGUUUUUCACCGUCCUCAUACUGGAGAAAAUGGUCCUGAAUUUCCGGGAGAUGAGAGCGGGUCACGAGGAGACGGCACCGCUUUUAUCAGAUGGAAGAAACGGACAUGGACACGGACACGGACACGAAGCUGCUGCGAGCCCAGACCUGGAGAGCAGCGGUCACCACGUCCACGUCGACUUCCAGGCUCACUCCCCCUUUCGCUCCUUCAUGCUCUUCCUCUCACUCUCGCUCCAUUCGGUGUUUGAGGGUCUUGCUAUCGGGCUUCAAAACACUGACUCAAAGGUGCUGGAGAUCUGCAUUGCGAUUCUUGUCCACAAGAGCAUCAUCGUGUUCAGCCUGUCAGUGAAGCUGGUCCAGAGUGCAGUUCAUCCACUGUGGGUAGCUGUGUACAUCGGCGUGUUCGCCAUGAUGUCACCUUUAGGUAUCGCCGUCGGCAUCAGUGUGAUGGAGGCGGAUCUGGCAUCUGGAGCUCUAAUUCAGGCCAUCCUGGAGGGUUUGGCUGCGGGGACAUUUGUUUACAUCACCUUCAUGGAGAUCCUCCCGCACGAGCUCAACUCUGCUGGGAAGCAGCUUCUCAAAGUGCUUUUCAUCCUGCUGGGCUUCACCAUCAUGGCAGCACUGACAUUUUUGGGGUGAGACUGUCAGGAGAACGGACUUUUGGCCAUCUACUGACGUUUUCAUAAGUUUCUUUGCCACUUUAGUCCUGAAUCCUGAAUCCAUCUUUGUUGUGCACAAAGACACGGAUUAUUCGAUGCACUGGUACAUCAAAUUCUGGAUAUUUUAAGUCAAAUGGAUGUUUUUUCUUUCAGUAUACUUUUAAAAGAUUUAAUUGUGGAAGAGCCCAGACGAUAUUUUGUACAUGUAGUUUUAAAACAUUCAUUUUACUUAACGAUUUUACCGAAGAGAAAUACAGGACCAUGUAUCCUCAUGUAUAACUGACCUUGUUUUGAAACAUGCUUUGGGCCUGCACAUCAGAACAUUGUUGGAAACAAAGGGCACUGUUGCAAUUAUGUGCUGCUUUCUCAUAAAUGAAUCAACUCAGUGUAUCAGAUUAUACUCAGUUUGCCUUGCAACAUUCACAGGUCCUUGUUUCCAAAUAGCACUAAAUGUGCCUUUACCUGUUUUAUAUUUUUGAAUUUCACACUGUUUGUUCUUUGGGUUCAGCUGGGUGGUAAGUGUUUGUAAACUGCUGGUGACAGUCAGUAAGUAUUGAUAUUCCACUGCUUUUGGUAAGGUUUUAAAUUUAGAUUUUCACGUUAUCCGGUAAUUCACUGGUGUAGACUAUCGGUCAUCGUGGUGAGUCUCAUGCCAGGUCUUCAAGAAUCAAAAAGAUAAAUAAAAAGAGGAAGUCCAGUUGCCCUGUUGAUAGAAUUUGCCAAGUAAACAGGCUUAAAUAGAAACUGAUUGACUUCCUGUUUACAUUUUGGACAAAUGCAGGAGCUUUAAGUAUUAGCACCAUGAAAAAAAAUAAUAUUACAUGAAGCGAAAGCUUAAACAAUUUUUUUAAACUUAUGAUGGCACACAACAUUUAAAACGUCAGUUUUUUUUAUUUUAAACAUGAGUGAGACCUUUAUUUUCAUACGUGCACUCAAAACCUGUUCCGACAUAAAGUUAUACCAGGCACAUUUGUGAGUCAGCUUGCUUACAAUCAAAGGGAUCUAUUGCGUCUAUAAAUGCAUUUAUGGCAGUAGGUUAUUACGUUUCCUGUUUUAGUCAGGGGUUGAUCAGAUCAUAAGCUCCAAUAAUGGCUGUUUUCCAAAAAAAGUUACU